UCUACCUUCAUGUUCUACAUGGUCCUCUGCACAAUCUGGACUGAAGAUGAUGAGAGACCAAGGAGACCAAGAGGACAGAGGAGAGUCUCCUUCCAGUGGUGUCUCUGUGAAGAGUGGCUGGUCUAAAGAUGAAUCUCCAGACUUCAGUAAUAGACCAGGACCAGGAUCAACAUCCCCUUUUCCCAGCAGUGUCUCUGUGAAGAGUGACGUGUCUAAAGAUAGUCAUGCAGACUUCAGUAGUGGACCAGGGCCCAGACCAGCGUCCCCUUUUUCCAGCAGUGUCUCUGUGAAGAGUGACGUGUCUAAAGAUAGUCCUCCAGACUUCAGUAGUGGACCAGGACCCACACCAGUGCCCCCUUUUCCCAGCAGUGUCUCUGUGAAGAGUGACUGGUCUAAAGAUAGUCCUCCAGACUACAGUAAUGGACCAGGGCCCAGACCAGCGUCCCCUUUUCCCAGCAGUGUCUCUGUGAAGAGUGACGUGUCUAAAGAUAGUCCUCCAGACUUCAGUAAUGGACCAGGGCCAAGACCAGCGUCCCCCUUUCCCAGCGGUGUCUCUGUGAAGAGUGACGUGUCUAAAGAUAGUCCUCCAGACUUCAGUAAUGAACCAGGGCCAAGACCAGCAUCCCCUUUUCCCAGCGGUGUCUCUGUGAAGAGUGACGUGUCUAAAGAUAGUCCUCCAGACUUCAGUAGUGGACCAGGACCCACACCAGUGCCCCCUUUUCCCAGCAGUGUCUCUGUGAAGAGUGACGUGUCUAAAGAUAGUCCUCCAGACCUCAGUAGUGGACCAGGACCCAGACCAGUGCCCCCUUUUCCCAGCAGUGUCUCUGUGAAGAGUGACUGGUCUAAAGAUAGUCCUCCAGACUACAGUAAUGGACCAGGGCCAAGACCAGCGUCCCCUUUUCCCGGUGGUGUCUCUGUGAAGAGUGACGUAUCUAAAGAUACUCCUCCAGACUUCAGUAGUGGACCAGGACCCACACCAGUGCCCCCUUUUCCCAGCAGUGUCUCUGUGAAGAGUGACUGGUCUAAAGAUUUUCCUCCACUCGUCUUUUGUGGACCAGGACCAGGACCCUCAGAUCCACAAAUAAGAAAGAGACCUGUUUCAAUGGAGGAACAGCUGUCCAGCUGUGCUCUGUGUCAGGACGUCCUGAGAGAUCCAGUUACUACCAGCUGUGGACACUGGUUCUGCAGACAGUGUAUCAGCUCAUUCUGGGACCAGUGUCCUUCAUCAGGAGAAUCCUCCUGUCCCCAGUGUGGAGAAAGAGCACGACUGCAGAGAUCCAGUCAGUCCACAAGUGUAACAGCAGGUAGAGGUCUACAGGAGGUUCUAGAUGGACACAGGAUCAGUCUGAGGGAGCGAUGUGAACGUGUGACUGAAGGAACUGAUGAAGCAGGAAGUAGAACUCUCCUCAACAGGAUCUACACUGAGCUCUACAUCACAGAGGGACAGAGUAUAGAGGUCAACAGCCAACAUGAGGUCAGACAGCUUGAGACAGCUUCCAAGAAAAUGAUCAUCCAUGAAACACCAAUCAAGUACCAUGAGAUCUUUAAAGCCCUCCCUGACCAACAGAAACCCAUCAGAGUGGUUCUGACUAACGGUGUCGCUGGUGUUGGGAAAACCUUCACGGUGCAGAAGUUCACUCUGGACUGGGCAGAGGGCUUGGAAAACCAGGACAUCAGUCUGCUGGUUCUGCUUUCAUUCAGAGAGCUGAACUUGAUCAGAGAUGAGCGCUACAGUCUUCUGGAGCUGCUCCGUGUUUUCCAUCCAACACUCCAGAAGGUCAGAGCAGAGACGCUGGCUGUCUGUAAACUUUUGUUCAUCUUUGACGGCCUGGAUGAAAGCAGACUGUCGUUGGAUUUCAGCAUCAGUGAGGUUGUUUCUGAUGUCACACAGAAGUCAUCAGUUAAUGUGCUGUUAGUAAACCUCAUCAAGGGGAAUCUGCUUCCCUCAGCUCUCAUCUGGAUAACUUCUCGACCUGCAGCAGCCAAUCAGAUCCCUCCUUCAUGUGUGGACAGGCUGACAGAAGUCCGAGGCUUCACUGACGCCCAGAAGGAGGAGUACUUCAGGAGGAGGUUCAGUGAUGAAGAUCUGUCCAGCACAAUCAUCUCCUACAUCAAGACAUCCAGGAGCCUCCACAUCAUGUGUCUGAUCCCAGUCUUCUGCUGGAUCACUGCUACAGUUCUGGAGAACAUGAUGAGCACGGAGCAGAGAGGAGAGCUGCCCAAGACCCUGACUGACAUGUACUCACACUUCCUGUUGGUUCAGACCAAGAGGAAGAGGCAGAAGUAUGAUGGGGGACACGAGAGCAGUCCACAGGAGCUGAUGGAGGCUGAGAGAGAAGUUCUUCUGAAGCUGGGGAGGCUGGCGUUUGAACAUCUGGAGAACGGAAACAUCAUGUUCUAUGAAGAAGACCUGGAGCGCUGUGGUUUGGAUGUCACAGAGGCCUCAGUGUUCUCAGGAGUUUGUACAGAGAUCUUCAAAAGAGAGAGUGUGAUCUUCCAGAAGACAGUUUACUGCUUUGUUCAUCUGAGCAUUCAGGAGUUUCUGGCUGCAGUCUACGUGCUCCACUGUUUCACCAACAGGAACACAACAGUACGGGAGGAUUUCCUGGAGUCAGGAUACAGUGAUGAUGAUGAUGACCAGAGCUCUGAUGAUGAUUAUGAUGACCAGAGCUCUGAAUUUGAUGACACUUUGGAAGACUUCCUGCAUAGAGCCAUGGAAAAAUCUCUGAGGAGUAAAAAUGGCCACCUGGACCUGUUUGUCCGUUUCCUUCAUGGACUGUGUCUGGAGUCAAACCACAGACUCUUAGGAGGUCUGCUGGGUCAGAUAGACAACAGUCCAGCAACGAUCCAACGAAUCAUCAACAACCUGAAGAAGAUGAACAGUGAUGAUAAUUAUGAUGACGAUGAUGGUGAUGAUAAUGAUAUCUCUCCUGACAGAAGCAUCAACAUCUUCCACUGUCUGAUGGAGAUGAAUGAUCUUUCAGUACAUCAGGACAUCCAAAACCUCCUGAAGUCAAAGAAAAGAUCACAGCAGAGACUCUCUGAGAUCCACUGCUCUGCUCUGGCCUACAUGCUGCAGAUGUCAGAGGAGGUUUUCGAUGAGUUAAAUCUGAACCACUACAGCACAUCAGUCCAGGGACGACUGAGACUGAUUCCCGCUGUGAGGAACUGCAGGAAGGCUCGGCUUUCUCUCUGUGGUCUAUCAGAGACUCACUAUGAAGUCAUGGCCUCAGCUUUAAUGUCCAACCCCUCACAUCUGAGAGAGCUGCACCUGGAUGACAGCAACCUACAGGAUUCAGGAGUGGAGCUUCUUUCUGCUGGACUGAAGAGUCCAAAUUGUAGACUGGAGACUCUGAGGUUGAUGGGCUGUGGUUUGUCAGAGAUGAGCUGUUCUUCUCUGGCCUUAGCUUUAAAGGCCAACCCCUCAAAUCUGAGAGCGCUGGACCUGAGUAACAACUUUCUGCUGGAUUCAGGAGUGGAGCUUCUUUCUGCUGGACUGAAGAGUCCAAACUGUCGACUGGAGACUCUGUGGUUGAUGGGCUGUUGUUUGUCAGAGAACAGCUGUUCUUCUCUGGCCUCAACUUUAAAGGCCAACCCCUCACAUCUGAGACAGCUGGACCUGAGUUACAACGAGCUGCACGAUUCAGGAGUGGAGCUUCUUUCUGCUGGACUGAAGAGUCCAAACUGUCAACUGGAGACUCUGAGGUUGGUGGGCUGUUGUUUGUCAGAGAUGAGCUGUUCUUCUCUGGCCUUAGCUUUAAAGGCCAACCCCUCAAAUCUGAGAGCGCUGGACCUGAGGAGAAGCAAGCUGCAGGAUUCAGAUGUGAAGCCGCUGUCUGAUCUUCAGAAGGAUCCAUACUACAGACUGGCGACUCUGCUAUGGAGGAAACAUGAUUAAAGAGAGGAUCCUGAUGGUCCUGCUGGUCAGAGAGGAGGAAGCAGCAGCUUGUGUGUGGUGAGUCUGUAACUGGGCCGUGUUACUGGGAGACUGACAGACCAAUCGCAACCAGUGGAGAUGAGACUGCUCUGAGACCAGCUCCACUGUGGACCUCCCUCAUGUUUCUAUUCUAACACAGAUUCUCAGCGUAAACUGCUUUAGGACUCAAUGACUGAAGAUGAACGCCUUCAUUUGGAUACAGAUGUUGAGCUUUCUGUCACAACGCCCCCCUGUGGAAACACAUGAACCAGGGUUAGCUCAGCUUUAGUAGAGGCUAGCUUUGGCACACCACAGUCUCCCACUACCAAGAGAGACAUUUUCUGAUCCCUUGUCUUUAACAGAUAGCUCAUUACCAAAAUAGAUGGGACAGCCAUGUUGAAUGUUUUUGUUUUCUCCAGUGUUUAAUCUCUGCUUUUAUUUUUACCUUUCACUGAUUUUAUUCAUAUCAUUAAUCAUUGGAUUUUAGUGUUUAUUUGCUGUAUGAAUUGUAUUUCUUUUAUCAGCUCAUCUGUAAAUAUCUGGUUGCCUUUAUUCUGAUUUGUCUGUUAUUUUCGUCUGUCUGUUCUUUGUGAAGUAUUUUAGGCUGGAAAAGGAAAAGAGAUGGACAGAUAUUGUUCUCUCUGGGCCGAUACGGUUACGGAUUACUAGUUAAUGAGAGCCACAACUGAUAUUUGGAGCUGGUAUGUGUUUAAAGUAAGGAUGAGCCAUUGGUUUCAGUCAUUUAAAUGUUAGAUUAACAACAUGUAAACAGCACAAAUGUGUCCAUUUUCUAACCCUGGCCUCCAAAGCUAAAAAUCAACUCUAUUUCCGACAUGUGCUGUUGUCUGUAAAGGAGAGCUACGAGGAACUGAACAUUUAGCACAAAGGCAGGAGAGAGCAGCAGAGGGAGAGGCAGAAAAACAAGCUUAAGUCAGAGAAGCUAACUGCUAAGCUAACAAUUCAGCAGAUGGCGCUAAAGAGCCAGAGUGCUUGAUGAUGACCUGCUGACAUCUCAACCAACAGCUACCAAACAACAGCAGUGAUGAGAAAUCAAGUCAAAUCAACAAAUUAGCUCUGGCUCUAUCAACAGGAGAGACGGCACAGAGAGAGAUGCUGAAGUGGUGGGAAAACAGGAAGUGAUGUCAUACUCUCACUGUGUUUAUGGCUGUUAAUGUGUGGCGUUUAACCAAUCAGAUGUCAGAGCCAGAGGGAAAGGCUGACAUCACAGCAGAGCCAAAGUAGCAGACUUUUGAACCAAUGAAUUUAAUCUGUGAUCAGUCAAAUAAAAUACCAAUACAGAUCAUGAUGAACAAAGCUUUCAUACUAAACAUUCUGUAAAAUCAAGUUAUUCUCUGAGUCUUAUGGUAUUAUUAUCAUUAUUAAUGUUACUAUUAUUAUUAUUAUCAUUAUUAGUAGUAGUAAUUAUAACAUUACUAUUUUUUACUGACAGUCACAGAAGACUACUCACACUGUUUUAUGUUUAAUGUAAAAAAUAAUUACAGCAUUCAGCAUAUUGAAAAAAGUCAGAACUAGUGCUUGAUUGUCAAAAAAAUAUACAGUUUUAUAUCAAGUAUUAUGUUAAAUUUUCAAUAUUCUAAGAUUAAAAGGAUUUAGUCCAACAGUUUUGGGGGGAAAAAACCAGAGUUAGAUCAAUCAUGGGUCAAAAAAACUAUGCUUACUUUGUUUGAUUCAAAAGCCAAAGUGAUCCUGAACUAAGAAGCGGCUCUUUUUGGUGAAAUGAGCUGAAUAAUCCUGAAACAAGCCAGAACUCUCCUCACUAUUCUCCUGACCGGCCUUGGUAUCAAUUUUAGAUGAAGCUCCGCCAUCAACAAUCUAAAGCAGAGGUAGCCUUCACAGCUGUGGCUCUGAUUGGCCCGUCAUGACUGUGACAGACAGAACAUUCCUCCAAUCACCUUCUGAAGACUUCCUGAAAAGUCCUGCUCUUCCCAAAUGUUUUCUAUGGGAGCUUUCCAAGAUGAAUGUCAACAGGCAUCCCAGAUAGCUGCUGUCAGCCGUGUGCGAGGUUUUAACCUCGUCUUGUUAUGAGUGAUGUUAAAAAUGUGGACGGACUCUCUGAACUAUCAGGAAAGUAAUGCCAGACUUCAUGGCUAGGCAAUAAAGUGCACAAAUGUCAGUUUGCUGAACGUUGAAGAAACUUAGACACAUUUUUAAAGAAUAGCAUCACUGUAAAAAGAGCCAACAAUGGGUUACAUAGUCAACAAUGGCAUAAAUGGGUUAAAAGUGGCAAAAAAUGGGGAAAGUUGGCAAAAAGAAGUGGAAGAAAUAGGUAAAAGUAGAAAAAUACCUUGUGUGGAUGGUUCCUCCAGCCCUCUGUUCUCUUAUGUAGACAUUUUUACAGUAAAUCUUGUUAUUUGUGUCCCUGUGUUAUUCUGUGGUGUUUUGGACCAGAGUUUCUUGUGUAACGUCUCGCUCUCAUAGAUCUAGAGGAGCAGGUCUUUGUGCCGCUCCCUCUGGUCUUAAUAAAGGGAAAAAACAGGGAAGGACUUCUGCUCUCCAAUAAACCGACACCACUGCUGUCUGCCCAGCUCCUUCUGGACAUAAGAAGCUGAUCACAUUUAUAUUUAUGUCGUUUUUAAUCCAAGUCCUCUUUGAAAUAAAGGAAUAAAUGAUGUAAAUAGUGUUAGGGUGGUGAGUGGAGCUCUGGUUUACGGGUACAGAUGCUGCUUAAUGGUUCCCACAUGGUCUGCUGAUCCUGGCCUGAGGAGAAGUCUAGCCGAGCUCUGCAGCAGGACAGACUGACACUGUGGAUGGACUUUUUUCCGCUGUCAAUUCCUCCACACGCUGAUCUGAGGAGAGAGACAUCAACAUUCUUCCUCUCAGAGAAGAACUUCAUCAAACACAGAAGCUCCUGGAGGAUGGAGGGUCUGAAAAAGGUGUCUAGAUGGAGACAUUUGUUGCUCAAAACCCUGCACUUACCUGUCAGUGUUAGUGGAGCCUUCACAGAUGUGCUGGUGACCCAUGGGUACUAAAACACCAUAGCAUCACAGAUGCUGCCUUUUUAACACUGAUAACAUUCUGGAUGGUCUUUUCCUCUUUAGUCCAGAAGAAUCAACAUUAUCUCAGAAACAAUCUGUAAAUCUGUCGCCAGUUGAGUUACUGGCGACAGUUACUCAACUCACCACUGCAUCCUGUAUGACAAAGUGGGCUGGCCCUUAUUAUCAGUUAGACGAGACAGGCAUUGGUUACUUUUUAUUUAUAAAGCUCUGUCUGGACAUCUGCCAUUUUUCCUCACCUCUUUAUUGAACGUGUCAACUAGCCAUUAUCAAACUCAUUCAAGUGACGGGAUAAUGCUUGAUGUUCCAGGAGUAAACACUAAAAUUGGACAAACAUCUUUCAGCUUUUGUGCAGCCCCAACAGAUGGAAUACUGUACAGCAAACUCUAAAACUAAGCUCGGUUAUUAACAUAGGACAGUUUCAAAACAUAAGGAACUACUAUGUACAUAUUUGUAACUGUUUUUAAACUGUGCUCCACUUAUUCUCAAGUAUCUUUGUCUAUUUGCAUUUGUGUUUCUUUCUCCUUGCUUAUUUAUUGUCUUGCAUGUAUUGUUUUAAUGUACUCUCGAUGUUACUGUAAAUGAGAGCGUGCUCCCAAUGGCAU